AUGUCAUGGCUCGCUCGCUCCAUCGCCGCCACACUCUCCUCCGCCCACUCUGACGACGAUGAAUCCGAGUUCCCCUCCGGCGACAAGAGGCCGCCGCGCGCCUUCGACCCCACCGGUGCUGACACCGGGGAGUCCGACGAGCAGCCGGACACCCCGAGCCGUGGCGUCAAAGGCGAUAUCUCGGAGCUGACCGAGUCCCUCACCCGCCGAUUCUGGGGCGUUGCCUCCUUCCUCGCGCCACCGCCGGUUGAGGGAGAGACCGAGGAGGAGGAGGAGGAGGAGGAGGAGACGGCCGCCGCCGCGGAGGUGCCUCAGUCCCCACGGAUCGACGGGAUCCGCAGUGACCUGGCGGAGAUCGGGGGCAGGGUGAAGACCGGCAUCUCGAUGCUAUCGAACGCCGGCGCGGUGGCGGAGAUCUCCAGGAUCGCGUCGUCGUUCCUGCCAUUCGGGUCCGGGGAUCAGGGGGAGGAGGAAGAGGGCGAGGCGGUCGGUGUGACCGAGGAGGUAGUGGUGUUCGUCAGUAACAUCUCAAAGCAUCCAAAGACAUGGCUCGAUUUCCCCUUGUUUGUUGAUGACCGACACACGGAUGAUUUUGAACUGUCAGAUGCACAGUAUGGACAUGCAGUUGCUAUAGAGCGCCUUGUGCCAAACCUGUCAUACCUCAGGACUGAGCUUUGCUCUACCAAUAUGAGUGAAGCGUGCUUCUGGAAGAUAUAUUUUGUGCUUCUCCAUUCGAAACUCAGCAAGCAAGAUGCUGAAAUUCUUUCAACACCACAAAUCCUGGAAGCAAGAGAAGGACUAUUGCAAAGUUCACCAACAAAGAACAAGCUGUUAUCAGAAAACAGGAAUACUACAGAACCUGAAGAGAGUGAGUUGUCAUCGUCAAGCAUCCAAAACAAGCAUGGAGUAUCUGAAGCGCCGUCAUUCCAAGAACUAACUUCAGACCCUGUGCCGAAUGUUGAGGCUGACAAGCAUCUUAUCUCAAGUACCGAGGCAGAAAUAGUUGACAAGUCUGUAAUUCAAGAAGAGUUGGUGAUGAAAACUGAGGCCAAGAGUUUACCCACUGAGAAAUCUAACCCUCACCCUGCGGAGGAUGAUGAUGAAAAAGAAGUAGAUGAUUGGCUACAGGAUGUGGAUCAUGUGCCCAGCAAAACUGGCAACACCACUGCAGUUGGGGAGGAGGAAGAUGUAUCCUUCAGCGAUCUAGAGGAUGACUAG